AUGAUGAAAUGCAUCAGACCAGCUUUCCUAGAAGAAAUCAAACGUUUGCUAGGACGGACAGAACUGAUUUUUGGCUACUUUAGACCACAGCGAAAAUUUCUUGAAGAGGUUGAUUGGUCCUAUUCGGGAGCCUUAAAUCAAACAAGCUGGGGGAAAAAAUAUCCAGCAUGCAAUGGUGCCAAGCAGUCACCUAUUAACAUUGAUGAAGAUCUUACUCAAGUAAAUGUGGACCUCAAGGAACUGAAGUUCAAAGGUUGGGAAGAAGAAACUUCAAAAGACACCUUAAUCUAUAAUACAGGCAAAACAGUGGAAAUUAAGCUGAAAAAUGAAUACUUUGUAAUUGGAGGAGGAUCAGAAGCUAUAUUUAAAGCAAGUAGGAUAACAUUUCACUGGGGAAAAUGCAAUAUAUCUCAUGAUGGAUCUGAACAUAGUAUAGCUGGACAAAAAUAUCCCCUUGAGAUGCAAAUCUACUGUUAUGAUUCAAAUGAGUUUUCAGAUAUAGAGAAAGCAAUCGAAGGAAAUGGGAAAUUAAGAACUUUAUCAGUUUUAUUUGAGGUUGGUCUGGAAGAUAAUAUAGAUUACAAUUCAAUUAUUGAAGGAGUGGCCAGUGUUAGUCGGUUUGGGAAAAAAAAUGAACUGGAGCCUUUCAUUUUGUUGAAUCUUUUGCCAAAUUCAACAGACAAAUAUUACACUUACAAUGGAUCUUUGUCAACUCCUCCAUGCUCAGAAACUGUUGAAUGGAUUGUGUUCAAAGACGCUGUUAACAUUUCAGAAAACCAGCUGUCUGUAUUUUGUGAUGUUCUGACCAUGCAGCAAUCUGGUUAUGUGAUGCUGAUGGACUAUCUACAAAAUAAUUUUAGAGAUCAACAACAUAAGUUUUCUGGCCAAGUAUUUUCAUCAUAUACUGGGCAGGAAGAGAUUCAUGAAGCAGUUUGCAGCUUGGAACCAGAAAAUGUUCAAGCCGAUCCAAAGAACUAUACUAGUCUUCUUGUUACUUGGGAAAGGCCAAGAGUAGUGUAUGACACGAUGAUUGAAAAAUUUGCUGUAUUCUACCAACAGUUGGAAGGAGAAGACCAGACAAAGCAUGAAUUCCUAACUGAUGGUUACCAGGACUUGGGAGCUAUUCUGAAUAAUCUGCUGCCCAAUACAAGUUAUAUUCUUCAGAUAGUUGCUGUUUGUGCUAAUGGUCUGUAUGGAAAGUACAGCGAUCAAGUUAUUGUUGACAUGCCUUUGGAUGAUCCAGAAAUUGAACUGUUUCCUGAAUUGACUGAAACAGAAGAUUAUGAGGAGGAAGAUGAAACAGAAGAGGCAAGGGCAGGGUUGGGUGAAGAAGCUACUGUAAUUGCCAGUAGAGAUAGUGCAACAAGCCAAAUACGAAAAAACGAGUUCCAAUUUACCACAUCUAGCUACAGUCAGGAAAGAAUGGGAUCAAAAUUCGAUGAAGAUGGAACACAGAGAUAUCUCACAGAAGAGGAUGACUUGCAUGGAAAACAUGAUCAUUUCAAAACAAUUUUUCAUCGAACUUCUCAACCUAUCACCGAAGGAGUAAAGGAAGAAGAGGAUAAUCCUGUGGAAUUUCAAGCAGCAACAGCAAUUGCUCCUCCUGCAAGCAGCUCCACCAAAGGUAAUGAGGAAGAGUAUGCACACACUUUUUCUGGCCGUGAAACAACCAGAGAAUCUGCUGCUGAUAGUAAUGAAGAUGAUAUAGAGGUAUCUGCUUUUAAGCCUGACCUAGAAACAGAUGACUCUUGGGGUUCCAUUCCUAUUACCUCUGCUACCUGGUUAGUUACUAUGGAGACAUCUCAGGAAAAUACUUUUAGUUCUGGAAGCCCAGACACAACCAUACAGGAUGACCUUUCUCAAAACUAUAUCAAAAUUCCAUCAGAAGACAUAUUACCUUCAAAAGCAGAAGAAUCUGCUCCCAAAAUAUCUGCAAUCAAUGAAAAUGUGUGGUAUCCUAAUAGUACAGAUAGUACUGCUGUUGCGCUGGAUAGCAAGGAUCUCUUUAAGAUUAGUUCCCCUGUUCCUACAACAGCACCUUAUCCUAAUGAUCCAGAGGUGUCACAAGAUACUUCAGUUGCAGUUUCAGUAUUGCCACAUUCUUCUACCUUUGCUUUCUCCUCUGCUGAGUUGUCAUCUUACUCUGUCUCAUCAAAUUCUGAAGAACAUGGCUCUGCUUCUUCUGGAAGUGAGGUACUGUCUCAGACAACUCAAGCAGUUUAUAAUGGUGAGAUACCACUUCAACCUUCCUACAGUAGUGAAGUGUUUCCUCUAGUCACCUCUUUAUUAUCUGACACUCAGUUGCUCAACACUUUCCCUGAAGCAUCAAGUAGUGAUGUGACCUUGCAUGCUACACCUGCAUUUCCCAGUGUUGAUGUGUCAUUUGAAUCCACCCUGUUUUCCUAUGAUGAUGUACCUUUGCUUCCAUUUUCCUCUGCUUCCUCCAGUAGUAAAAUGUUUCACCAUUUGUAUAUGGUUUCUCAAACAUUUCCACAAGCUGCUCCAGCUAUUGAAAAUGAUAAAGGGUCCCUGCAUGUUUCUUUGACAUUGGAGGAGGGUGGCACAUUAACCCAAUCAAGCUUCACUCAGUUUUCUAAUGUGACAUCAUAUCAGAUGGUCCACGCUGCUUCAGAGACAUUGAUAUUUGGGCAUGAUAGAACUCACUUGUUAUCUCAAGUUGAACCACCCAGCAAUGAUUUCAAUGGGCAUGCAGUGUCUACAGUGUCUGAAUUUAUUUAUGCUUUAUCUGGUAAUGUGGGCUCUCCUCAGACUGUUGCUGCUUCCUAUUACACAUCUGAAUUUGUGCAUGAGUCUGUUGGUGCAUUUCAUCAGGGUCCAUUGUUUAGCAGCUAUAGCAAUAUGCUGGUGCCUAAGCCUUCUUCUGCAAUCUCGCAAGCUGAUACUUUUCUGCGGCCUCCAUGUUCUCUUUCUAGUGAAAUGGAUUGGUCUGAAGCUCAUUCUGGUAGGGAGUCCCUUUUGCCUGACACAGAUAUUUGGUCGAUACUUAAAGCUUCUUCGCAUGUUUCUUCCAAUGAAGUAAUGUGCAGCAUGCCUGUGUUCACAGGUGAGGUUGAGAUGACUCCCCCAAGUGGUGUAAUGUAUGGAUAUGACAAAGGACUGCAAAUUUCUGCUUUCAGUGAAAUGGCUUCUCUUACUGAAAGUGAAAUGACUGAACUUCCUACAUCUGUUUCUAACGAUGAGAUUCCUAAGCAGGAUACACAUUCUCAAGAAAGCCUCAUUACUGUUUCUAGUGCAAAGGGAAUCCUGCCAGUAUCUAUUGCUUUUCCUGUUACUAAGGUGUUUGAUGAUUAUGUUAGUAAGCGCUUGGAAAAUCAUGUUCCUAUUCAGUCUUUGCAUGUUACGACUCCAGCCUUUGAUGACACUUUGCUUAAGCCUGUGCUUAGUGCAAGCUCACAGCAAGCUUCCUCCACCCCUGCUUCUAGCAAAACAUCGUCUUCUCCCACCCAGCAAUACUUUUACUGGGCUUCAGCUACCUUAAAUAAUAAUUCAUUGCUGCAAACUUCCUUUCAGUCCUCUGAUGAUGAUACAGUGCAUAAAACAUCUGUGCCUAGUGAUCCCGUACUGGUUGAAAAAGUUACAAGGGGUGAUAAUAGUCGUUCUGUAUUUAGCCAAUUAUUGCAACAAAUGGCCACAGAUUCAGCUGAAAAUAAAAAAGUACUGCAUUCUACAUCAAAACCAUCUGCUAUAAAUAUAUCCCAUACUGUUGGUAAGCCUAUAAAUUCACCAGAAAGUUUAACUUUUCCCCAUAUAGGUGAUGAAUACAUCUCUCCCCAUUUGCAUAACCGUGAAGACAUACAACAGGUUUCUCCUCCAUGGUACAAUAACAAUGUGUCAUAUCCACCAACCGAUUUUGAGAAUAAAAGUGCCUUUCCCCUGAAUGCAGUGAAUACAGUGACUAUUCCUAUUGUGCCAACUGAUACGUUGCCAAAUGCAGCUACCUCUGCUAACAGUCAUAGCCAUUCACAUGAUUCCCCAAAGGCUGAGUAUCUCACUUUAUCCUCAAGUGCUAAGAUUGUUGAUGUGACAGUUGCUAUGCCUGGAAUAGUUUCCGAUUCUAUUCAGCAUGCCUCUAUACAUGUACCAGAUCUACAUAGUUUUGUUGCAGGUAGUUCUUCCAGCAGCGAAGGCAGCAAAACUUUAAACCCUCUAUUAAUCCCCACUAAGUUGCUCCCUACAACCAGUUCUGAUACUGAACCGUGGUCCUCUCUUGUUGAUAAUGAAUAUGAUGAGUAUGAUAGUGGCUUACCUGUAAGUGGUUGUCACACGUGCAUUUCCAACAGAGAAACUCAGGAAGAGGUAGACGAGCCAGACACAGACCUAAGCAAUGUGAACAGUCAUCAGAACAUAAUUAGAAAACUACAUUUUCAAAUGCCUGAGAAAAAGGAGGCAAGGAAAGCCCUCAAUUCUUUAUCAGGCCAUACAAUUACUGAGGAGAUGGACCAACUCAAGCAAGCAUCAGUUCCAGCCAUGGCUUCAAACAUGAAGACGAAGAAACACGGUGAUCUGGCUUUAUGGGAUGAUUCCAUUCAGACUGGUAGCAGACCAUUACAAAAAGCAUUAGAAUCUAAAUCAUGGGCAGUUUUUACAGGUGACGAAGAAAGUGGUUCUGGUCCAGGUACCUCAGAUAGCAUAAAUGAUAAUGAGAUGUCAACCGAUUUCAGUUUCUUUGAUGUUAAUGAACAUGAUUCGGAGAGGGUAGUUGGAGCAGGUAACUCAGAAUUAUCUUCUGGACUGCAACAGUCAUCAGUAGAAUUUGUCCCUAGUGCUGUCUCCACGGCAUUCAACAUUUCUGAGGCAGAAGCAAGUAAUAGUAGCCAUCAGUUGAUUAUUGGACUGCCAGAACAGAAGACAGUUAUACCCCUUGUGAUCGUAUCAGCCUUGACAUUCAUCUGUCUAGUGAUACUUGUUGGUAUUCUAAUAUAUUGGAGGAAAUGCUUUCAAACUGCACACUUUUAUUUAGAAGAUAACACAUCCCCUCGAGUGAUAUCCAUUCCCCCAGCACCAGUCUUUCCUGUGUCAGACGAUGUUGGAGCAAUCCCAACAAAACAUUUUCCAAAACAUGUUGCAGAUUUGCAUGCCAGUAAUGGAUUUACUGAAGAAUUUGAGACACUGAAAGAGUUUUAUCAGGAAAUCCAGAGUUGCACAGUAGAUCUAGGAAUUACAUCAGACAGUUCUAAUCAUCCAGAUAACAAAAAUAAGAAUAGAUACAUAAAUAUUGUCGCCUAUGACCAUAGCAGGGUUAAACUUACCCAACUUGCAGACAAGGAUGGAAAACUUACCGACUAUAUUAAUGCCAAUUAUGUUGACGGCUACAACAGACCAAAAGCUUAUAUUGCAGCUCAAGGGCCUUUAAAAUCAACAGCAGAAGAUUUCUGGAGAAUGAUAUGGGAACAUAAUGUGGAAGUCAUUGUAAUGAUAACCAACCUUGUUGAGAAAGGACGGAGAAAAUGUGACCAGUACUGGCCUGCUGAUGGUAGUGAAGAAUAUGGAAACUUUCUAGUGACCCAAAAGAGCAUUCAUGUUCUUGCCUAUUAUACCGUGAGGAAUUUCACUAUCAGGAACACCAAAGUGAAAAAGGGCUCCCAAAAAGGAAGAUCCAGUGGCCGUUUAGUUUCUCAGUAUCAUUAUACUCAGUGGCCUGACAUGGGUGUUCCUGAAUACACGUUGCCAGUGCUGACAUUUGUUCGAAAGGCAUCGUAUGCUAAAAGGCAUGCUGUAGGCCCCGUAGUGGUUCACUGCAGUGCUGGUGUUGGAAGGACAGGCACAUACAUAGUAUUAGAUAGUAUGCUUCAGCAAAUUCAACAUGAAGGGACUGUCAACAUAUUUGGAUUCUUGAAGCAUAUACGAACACAAAGGAAUUAUUUGGUGCAGACAGAGGAACAGUACAUCUUCAUUCAUGAUGCACUUGUGGAAGCCAUUCUAAGCAAAGAAACAGAAGUACCUGAAAGUCACAUUCAUGCUUAUGUGAACUCCCUCUUAAUCCCAGGAGCAAUGGGAAAGACAAGAUUAGAGAAACAGUUCAAGCUUCUGAACCAAUCUAACAUCCAACAGUGUGAUUAUUCUACUGCACUGAAACAGUGUAACAGAGAAAAGAACAGGACUUCAUCUAUAAUUCCUGUGGAAAGAUCUAGAGUUGGCAUUUCAUCAUUGUCUGGUGAGGGCACGGAUUACAUUAAUGCUUCCUAUAUUAUGGGUUAUUAUCAAAGUAAUGAAUUCAUUAUUACCCAGCAUCCUCUGCUACAUACUAUCAAAGAUUUCUGGAGAAUAAUAUGGGAUCACAAUGCUCAGAUAAUUGUUAUGCUCCCUGAUAGUCAGAAUAUGGCAGAAGAUGAAUUUGUCUACUGGCCAAACAAAGAAGAUCCUAUAAAUUGUGAGAGCUUUAAAGUCAGCCUGAUUUCAGAAGAGCACAAGUGCUUAUCAAAUGAAGAGAAGCUCAUAAUCCAGGAUUUCAUUUUAGAAGCUACACAAGAUGAUUACGUUCUUGAAGUCAGGCACUUUCAGUGUCCAAAAUGGCCAAAUCCAGAUAGCCCUAUUAGUAAAACAUUUGAACUUAUAAGCAUCAUAAAAGAAGAAACUUCCAACAGAGAUGGCCCUAUGAUUGUUCAUGAUGAGCAUGGAGGAGUGACAGCAGGUACCUUCUGUGCAUUAACUACACUUAUGCAUCAGCUAGAAAAUGAAAAUUGUGUGGAUGUUUAUCACGUAGCUAAGAUGAUCAAUUUGAUGAGACCUGGAGUCUUCACAGAUAUUGACCAUUACCAGUUUCUAUACAAAACUAUCCUCAGUCUUGUUAGUUCAAGGCAAGAAGAAAAUCCUUCAAUAUCCAUCGACAGUAAUGGCUCAGCUUUGCCAGAAGGCAGUGUGGCAGAGAGCUUGGAAUCGUUAGUUUGACUUCAAUCAAAAUCUGGCAGAGCAAUUACCCAGAGCUGGAAAUACUUCCUUUUUUACAUUUGGCAGGGUGAAUGGGGAGAUGUCCAGCUAUUAAUCUUUUUUUAAUUUCAUUUGAAUUGAAUAAAUGUUUCUUGCAAAUACAUUAACAAUGUGUGCCUUUUUCAAAACAACAACAACCAAGUAAUGCAUUUUGUUUUGUUUGAACUAAUUUUUCUGAACUUUUCGGUUUCUAAGGAUGAUAUUGUAGUCUUUUACAGUAUUAGUUUUUAAUUUUUGUGGUUAUAUUUUCACUUACAUUUUAUCAUAAUUAUAGAUGCUGAAGUUUUCAGCAACACACAUUUUAGUACCUAAUUCCCUUACUGUUAUUUAUAGCACUCCUAAUACCAUUUGUUAGAAAUUUAACUUUUAAUAUGGUAGACUGUAAAUAUAUUCUCUGUAAUAUUCAACGUUUUAAGAUUUUGGUAGGCAUUUAGUAGAGCUGAUACUUACUGUAAAUAUUUCUAGAGUGGAUUCCAUGGACCAAAUUUAUAUUUAUAAUUGUAGAUUUUUAUAUUUUACUACAAAGUCAGUUUUCUAGUUCUGAGUAAUUGCAUUGUUAAAAUUAUGUACUUCAUUACCUGUUCUUAAUUUUAGUAGCUUCUGAUAUAUUGUCAUGCAUCCUAAAUGAGUAACUCUAUCUUUGCAUGUAAUUUUAACUUGUGUGGGAAAUUGAAAUAUACUUGUUUUGAAAUAUGAAGUUUCUAUGAAAAUAACAUCUGUACUCAGCAUUGUUUCAAUGGUUUUUAUUCAUGGCAUUGCAAAAAUAAGUAUCAGUAUUUUAGCUUGUAUUGAACACUUGGCAAAAAUAAAAUCUGCCUCAUCACUCUUAAAGGCCCCCAUUGCACCUUCAGAGAUGCUUUUUCAUUUUUCAACAGCAAA